GCAUACACUCACACACAAAGAAGUUGUUUUUUUUUCUCGCAAAUCAUAAUAGACUUCGAGUCGCUUAUGUACAUUCACGCAUUCGAGAAAGCCUCUGCCGACUAUAUCUGUGAUCAAAUCUGGAGAUCAUCUUGUAACUGUUAGAUAAAAAGAGCACACAAAUAAAGCAUCUCUUACACAAAACAAUAACAAAAGAACAUAAUGUCUAUCCUCAAAUCAAUCCAAUUAAUUCGCCCUACAAUGAAGACCACUUGGGUCGCGCACUCCGGCCUUACUCGUGCCUUUACUUCAACGCCUUUUACUAAGAAAUCCGCAUCUGCAAUUCCUGCUGCUCUCAAGCUGAAAUCCGGUCAGAUCUUUCAGGGAACUUCCUUUGGUGCCGAAACAUCUGCAUUUGGUGAGGCAGUCUUCACUACCUCUCUUGUCGGAUAUCCGGAAUCAAUGACCGACCCUUCCUACACGGGCCAACUUUUGGUUUUCACUCAGCCCUUAAUAGGAAAUUAUGGUGUUCCUGGAGAGACCAAAGAUGAAUUUGGUCUCUACAAGUACUUUGAAUCGGAAGGAAUCCAAGUCCGAGGUAUCAUUGUGAAUGAUUAUGCGGCUCAAUAUUCUCACUGGACAGCUAUCGAGUCUCUUGGCAAGUGGUGCAAGCGAUACAAUGUUCCUGCAAUCAGUGGUGUCGACACCCGUGCUAUAACCCACCGACUCCGCGAUCAAGGAUCUACUCUUGCACAACUUGCCAUUGGCGAUGAUGCCCUAAAGAAUGACAUAUCUAAGCUGCAUUUUCCUAACCCCAAUGACGAAAAUCUGGUCGCUAGAGUGUCUACCAAGGUGCCAUUACACUACAACCCCAAGGGAGAUGUCAAGAUUGCAGUCGUUGACUGUGGAGUAAAGCAAAACAUCCUUCGCUGUCUUGUCAAUAAAGGAGCCAGUGUCACAGUUCUUCCAUUUGAUUUUGACUUUAACCACAUUUCGGACCAGUUUGAUGGUCUCUUUAUAUCCAACGGUCCGGGUAGCCCUACCACAUGUACUGAAACAGUAAAAAACCUCCGCACUGCUCUCGAUUCUUUUGAUAAGCCUAUCUUUGGCAUCUGCAUGGGAAAUCUACUCCUAGGAAUGGCUGCUGGUAUGGAUGUUUACAAACUUCCAUUUGGAAACCGUGGUCACAAUCAACCUGCCCUCCAUGUCGACACGAAGAAAUGCUACAUUACUUCACAGAAUCAUGGCUAUGCCCUCGACGAUAAGGUUAUGCCCAAGGGAUGGAGACGCAUGUUUGUCAAUGCAAACGACGGUUCCAAUGAAGGUAUCCGCCACGAAACCAAGCCUAUAUUCUCCGUUCAAUUUCACCCCGAAGCCAAGGGCGGUCCUCGAGACACCGAAUAUCUGUUUGAAGAUUUUUUGGGCCAUGUUCGUAGCGACAAGCUUAAACGUUCUGGUUUCCAGGCGAUUCUUGAAGACCAGCCUGCUACUGUUUCUGCUUUUUCCUAAACACUACUAUUUCUGAGAAACCUUUUUUUUUAAGUUUUCAUAUUUGCAACACUUUUAAAAAUAAAUAUAGGAUAAGAUAUCCAAUCUAUAAGUU